UGUUCAGAAAAGUGUGAAUCAAUUGAACACUUCUUCAACAAUAGCCUCAAGUGAUGGAUGACAUAGAGAUGAUGGACAUCGAGGACAGUGCCUCUCAAUCCACUCAAUAUCACCACCAAUUGCCUCAUUGUCCCAACACUGGUGUCAAGCGCUCUUUGAAUGUCAUGAAUGGCAGUGCAAAGCGUUUGUCGCCAACACUUCCAGCACUUCCACAAGAGUUGCGAAACGUAUUGAAAGCCCGAAGACGUGUUGCGCCACUAAAAGAGUGUCCAUUGGAUGGCAACGAUAGUCUCAACAACAGAUUGGUGUGUGUUUUGGACACAAAUAUAUUGGUCUCACAUCUGAAUCCUCUGAAGCAAUGGAUUGUCUGCGAAGAGAAGCGCAGACAAGAGUCUUAUGUGAAGUCAGUAGUGAUUCCAUGGGUUGUGGUGCAAGAGUUGGAUCACCUGAAGACUGGUCGCAAACAUAAGGGUGUAGUGAAUGUGAUUCACUUCAUCAAUGAACAGUUCAACAAAACCAAUGGUUUAGUUUGCGGACAAAACACUCAAAACAAAUGCAAAACUCAUUCAAAAUCACGUGAAGUGAAGAGAAUUGAAGAGGAGGUAAAUGACGACAAAAUACUCAACUGUUGUCUGGAUUUAAGCGCUUUUGAAGACAAUGUCGUAUUAGUGACCAAUGAUAUGAACUUAUGUAACAAAGCACUCAUGAGUGGUGUGAAUGCCAUCAAUUGGAACCAAUUGUGUCAUAAAUACUCUAUAAAUAAUGACAAGAGAAUAGGUGUUGAAAUGGAUGUCAACUCUUCACUGAAAGACCAAACCAUUCAAUCCAUUGAUGACAACAACUCUGAGUCCAAACACAAACGCUCUAAAAGUGACGCCAAUUAUAGUAAGAGUCCUGUGAAACAGAAAUCACUGCGAAGUGGUGCGAGAAGUUCAUUGACACCCAAAAGCACGCCUACGAACUCGAGUUACCGUCCAAAUAGCUGUGCUCUUGAAAGAGACGACUGUCCCCUGAAAUAUGACGAUUGGAUCAGAUAUCGCGAUGAAUGCCAAAUACAAUUACUUGCAUUUGUUGAACGCAUCUAUAAAGACAUUUGGGAUAAGGAUUGGCAGCAAAUGUUGGACAUUGAUGUGAACAACGCGUCACUCAAAGACAUUAUACGACUCAUACGCAAAGAAUGGUUCGCUAACUUUAGCGACCGAUUCAAUCGCGACCCGUCUGUCAAAGAACUCAUCGACCGAUUGCAUACGAAUGCCUCCAAAUCUGAUGCCAAUUAUCACAUAUUUUACUCGCAUUUGAAAAACUUCGUUUGA